CGCCUGCCGCAUGGCCGCGGGGCCCGAACCGCCGGAGUGGGAGCCCCGCUGGAGAAAGGCGCUGCGUGGCAAGGAGAACAAGGGGUCCGUGGAGAUCAUGAGGAAAGAUCUGAAUGAUGCACGGGACCUGCAUGGCCAGGCCGAGUCUGCCGCUGCUGUGUGGAAGGGACACGUGAUGGAUCGCAGGAAGAAGGCCCUGACUGACUACAAGAAGCUGCGGACCUUCUUUGUAGAGGAGGAGGAGCGCUUCUUGCAGGAGGCAGAGAAGGAGGAGGGGUCCCCUGAAGAUGAGGAUGCUGACCCUGCGGAGAGGUUCAGGUCUCUGCUGCAGGCCUUGUCGGACCUUGAGCGGAGACACCGCAACCUGGGCCUCAACAUGCUGCUUCAGAUUCUUAGUCCAAGGAGAACAGAGACAAAUGCCAAGGGUCGUUUCAUACUCCUGUGACCCAGGACCAGAGUAACAGAAGGACUGAGCAACAGAAGAUAAUUGUGGUGGCUUUUACUGAGACUUUAGGAAUGCCUGCACAUCAGGAAGAGCCCACGGCAGCUGGAUUGAAGGGGCUGACAAACAGGUGAGGAGAGGAGCCGGAAGCCCAGGGAAAGGGUUAGAUGCCUUAGUUUUUGGUGACAAGGGAAACAGGCCCACAGAAUGACGGUUGUAUCCCUGGAGGUGGGAGAGCUGCCUCCCUCACCACUCCCGCCCUGUGCCUCCUGGGUGCUGCAGCCCUGACUGCCAGAUGUCAUCCAUCGUGGGGCAUAAUGACCAGGUACCAGAGGAGCCCACUCCUGGGCAUUCCCAGGGACGCAUGUGGGUGUAUGCCAUUGUUGAAGCGUGAGUGUGGGGCUGGGAGUGCUGGUGCCCCUCAGUGGGGAAAGUAGGAGGUCAAGUGGGGGUUAGAGGUCUUGGAGAAUGCCCAGUGUUGGGGCACAGGAGCUGGACUUAGGGCAACAUGGAGCCGGGGGUGGGGCUUGGUGCUGAGGGCACUGCUGAGACAUGAAAGCAAGAAAGCAUGAAACGGCACCAUUUACCUAAAAUUAAAAUGCAUGCAUAUGUAGCAAUUCACAGUUGCAAGAAUACUUCAAACUGACAAAUGGAGCCUGUUUGUUGCCUAGAGUGUGUGUGGGUAGCGGAGUUUUGAAUGGGAUAACAAAACGGAGAGAACCAAGGAGACACAGGAAAGACGAUGUGGAAGGGGAAGGGAGAUGACUGGAUCGUCCUGGGGCUGUCUUCAAUUGGGACUUGCCUUAGGGAAGGAAUUUGGGCUCCAGGGUGCUUAAAUCACUUUGGAUUUUAUGUAAUUAGUGGUUAACUAGUCCUGUAACUACCUCCCUAUUGAAUAAGCUGUGUGUGGAGUGUGAGAAGGGCCUUAGGUUUGGAACGUUAAGGCAGUGAGCGUCCUGGAAACAGUUGGGAUGCUACAAUUGACCAAGAAGGCUGGCCUCCCUCUAAGGCGCAAGCACCCUUAUUGGAUCUCAGCGGGUCUCCCUGGCCUCGUGACCUCAUUCGGAUUGCAGGUGCGCUUUCUUCUUCUCAGGACCCUUCUCCCUCCCACCCGAUCUUUUCCUUCCUCCGGUGCAGGAGCAUCAGCAGCAGUUGCCUGGAGGCCUCUGCCCUGGGCUUCCCCUGCGCACGCAGGUGUGCAGGGGGUGGAAGCCUCUGCUUUGUCUGGUAGUUUGAAGACGGGCCUCUGUGCCACCAGUGUUUCCUAGGGGAUGGCUGGGCCCAGGGAGGGGGCAGGGGCCUUUGAUUGAUGAGGCAGCUGGGAAGACUGGGGCAGGGAGGUUCCACAGGGUCACCGGGGCAGAGGGGAGGAGGGUUGCACUGAGAAAACCCCACAGGGCGGGAGCUCCACCAGCCCCACCAUCAGAUCGAGUUCUCGACCAGACUGCCUCAUUUCCUAGCGGGAUACCUACUCAGUGUAGAGACUGGUGAUUUAAAUGACACAAAGACCCUGAGUUCCUUUUUUCUUCAUAAUGUUUUGGGCUUCUUGGGUUUAUUAAAACUCCGUUUCUGAAGACGAAUGUGGUAGUGAGCAACUUCUACAAGUAUUUAUAAAGCCACUUAGCAAUGAAGAUGCAUCAGUUAAAACGUUGCCAUCAAUACAACCCGAUUGAGUAGUAACUCAACCGGUCAGAAUUAAACUGUCACAGGACAGUAUCAAUCUCUACUUCCGUUUUGCAUAAAUUAGAGUGGGCAGAUUUAAAGAAAAACCGGGAAAUGGUACACGUUGGUCAUAGAUAAUCAAGAUUUCACGUUUCCUGUUUGUCAAGAGACAAGAUUGUUCUCUUGUAAAAGUUCUCAGUCCCCCCACACCUUGGUUCAGCCACCAAAUUCGUUCUGUGACCAAAAAAUGGUGUGUCUCCCUGUGCACAGGCCACCCCCCUCGUUGCCUUCGCCCGCAGACUUAAUUCCUUUUAAAGCCUAGUCUCAUGGCCAGGAUCCAAACUCCACUACACCUCCUGAGACCCAGAGGGCUGCGGGCUAUUCCUUAGCUCUUUGCCCGCUGCUUGGCAGAGCACAAGGCUGACCGUGCCUCUGCAGAGAGCCCGAGGCAGCGCCUGGCAGGUGCCUGAUAGUAAGGUGACACUCGUGGGCGAGUCCAGCUGUCUUGGGCUUAAUGUUUACUUGAUGAAGACCCUGGAGGCUCCUCCCUGGUUGCAGUCCCAAGAGAGCACCGAGUGGGCCACCAGUAUCGCAGGAAACCAAGCAUGAAUGGGGACCUGAGUAGUGUGGCCCAACAGAGCCACUCGUGCAGCUUUCCGUCCUCAGGGACAGUCAUUUCUAAAGACCUGCGUUUGAACACGCUUGAUGACAGCACUCAGCGCUGGGACACCUUGGCCCUAUGCAAAUGAGGUGACUUAACAAGUCUUGUCUGAUUGGAGAAGCGGCAAGGCUCAUCGCCUUGGAGCAACCAAUAGGGCUCCUGGCUGCACAGCGCCUUUAUCCUAUUGGUGGACGCAGCACGCAGCAGUGCCCUCCCGGACUAUAAAGGCCGGCUUUUUUUCCUGCUGGUCCUGGGCUCGGGAGUUUGGCUAUUGUAAGCAUCCCCGCUGAGUGAGCGUCCACCAGAAAAUGCUAUCAUCCUGCGCCACCUACAGCUGGCCAUCUGCAAGUACGAGGAGCUCGACAAGCUCUGGGCUGGGUGAGCAUCGCACAUGGCGGAGUCCUUCCUAAUACCCAAGCCAUGCUGCUGCAACACCAAAGAUUCAGGGCUACAAACACGACCAGGAGAACUGCUGAUAUGUCUCUCCUCUCUCCCUCCCUCUUUCUCUCCUACUUGUCUCUGUGCAACUGAGGCCAGGUAGUGAGAUACAGUUGGCACAUGAGGUGGCAAUGGCAUUGGUUCUUAAUUAGGAACAAUAUACGCAUCACUGUUGGCGCACAGCAGACACUCUGGCCCCGGGCCAGGGCGGAAAGUUGUCCUAUGCAAUAUUUCAGUGGGAGGUCGUGGACACGGAUGGGCAUAUGGUAUCAGCGGUAAGAAUGGACUGCUGAGAGGUGCUUCGGCUCCUGCCCACAGGAUGCCUUUGGUGACCUGGGUCCGUCUGUCAACUUCGGGCAGUUCCUGAUUUUGCCAGGCUUCCCCUUCCUACUGGUUCACAUAGGCUUUUCCUGUCGAUGCUUGUAAUGCCCCCAUCUAGAAUAUAAAUUCUAUUAGCUCCUGGUGGGGUUCAGCACACACUACCCCCAAAUAGCACGUUGGUAUAUUGAAUACCUUAAGCCGAAGGAGUUUGAGGAAACGCCAGAAGCAGGAAGGUCACUGACCUCCCCCUACCUGGCCUCCCCUGAAACAGGGUCUGAACCGUUAAGUGAGAGGUGCCGAUCCUACACCCAGAGAAAGGAGCACCGUUAGGUGUGAACGCAAAAAGGACGCCAAGGAGAGUCCUACCAGGCCUCACUAAGUUCCCCGUUCACCAUUCUAUCUCACACUUGACCUGUCACAGCCCUCCAUGACUGCCCACUCUGCAAAUACUCAGGCCUGACUCUGGGUCUGCAUCUCCUCAUGAGUCCCGUAAACCUUAAGUAACUUUGCAGGCUUUUUCUUGUUAAUCUGACAGUUUAAUUUUCAGACCCAGACCCCAGGAGAGUUGAGGAAAACCAUUUCUUCCCUUAGGCCUUUUAUCCCCACAUCGUGUUGUAAACCACAUAGUGGAGAACCCUAAAGAGGCAGACCUGACUGUGGUCUGAAGGAAGUCUGACACCAGUGACCCCAGAGGUAAGAUCCCACAGAGUCAGUGGGCCCCAUUGGGGGGAGGUAGGCAAAGCAAGGACAGACAAAGGUCAGGACAGAAAAUGCAUGAGCUUCUGGGAUCAUUUUUUGUGCAGAAGGGACACAACUACUUUUGGCAGGGCACAGAAACUGCUGUCCAGGUGACCCUUUGUACUGCUGAACUAGAUUCCCUGUCACGUAAGGUCCAAGCUCUUCUGGGAUUUCCCCCUGACUUGUGACCUGUGUUGGGAGGUCCUGAAUUUGGACAGAGGCUGAGAGUCUGUAGGAGCCUGUUAGCUGGUGCUGGGAGUUCGCUCAGGGCGGGGGCGUUGGGGCAGCUCUCAAGCCUGUUAAAAAGCUGACUUUAAAAAGAACGAAGAGUUCUAGGCCUCGUUCCUCCUGCUUCCUACAGAUUUCCUGGGCCCCUAAUGCUUCAGCUGCUCCUGCUCUCUGGCCAGAUGCCCCUUCCGCACCCGGUGGGUAGUACCUGGACCCAGAACUUUCUGAGAGGUUUAUGUUGACCUGGCUAUGUCUCAAUUGUAGGCAGUCAGACUGUCCUGUGCGGCAGGUGUGAGAGUGAAAACAGGAAAAGUGACCGCAAAUUACUGGAACAGAGCUAGCACUAAGGAAAUGGCGAGCAUUCCCUGAGCACCUGGAUCUGCAGGAUGAACCAGAGCUGCAAUGGACUUAAGUCGCUGCUCUGAUGGCUGAAUGACAUGUACCUGACUAGAAAAGCAACUCAAGAGUGUGUUAGUCAAGGCUCUGCUGAGAAACAGAAACAGAAGGGAUGCAUAUACACACCAAGGCUGCUGGAGGCGGAGGCCUUCUUCCUGGGUGACUUCAGUCUUCACUCCUAAGGCCUUCAGCUGAUUGGGUGAGGCCAACACACACUGUGGAGAGUAAUCUGCUUUAUUCAAAGUCUACUGAGUUAACUGUUAAUCUUGCCUAAAAAAAUAAACCUUCCCAGCAACUACUGGACUGAUAUUUGACCAAAUAGCUAGGCACUGUGGCCUGGCUCAGCUGACACGUAAAAUUAACUGUCACAAGGACUGAAAACUUAACAGGUUGAAAAGUCUCAGUAUCCAGAAAGCUGGGAAAGGAGAGGAGACAAGGGGGCUCCAGGGUCUCUUUGCCAAGGCUUCAUGGUCAACAGGGUCUAUUGUUUUCCCAUUAAAACGAAUAUUAAAAAGUAAAUAAAAAAUUAAAAAAAGGAAAUAGCAAGAUUUAGAAUCUGAGAGAUGUGGCAUGACAGACAUCACCCUAGACCAGGAGCCCAGAGCCGGGCUGGAUGCUGGUCUUCCACGGGGUGCCCAGCCCUGGCGCAUUCCUGGAUGAGGUUGGUCCAAACAGAGUGGUGCCAGAGCCUCUUCCAGGUGCCUGUCCCAUGUGCCUGUCUACCAGACCCUGCCCUGUAGGCCAGGCAGGGAGGGUGAGACCUUGGUGUGGAAUCGCAGUGACAGUGGGCCAGGCUUCCAUGGGGAGCCACAGGGCUGCAGUAAGUCUGGAGUAGCUUUAUCCUGGGGCUGGCUCUCCACUUCCCUUCUCUACAGGGCCCUGUAGGAACACCUUCAUUGAUGGAUAUGUGGGGACAUGCAUGGAGAGAUGCAAAAUCUGCCCAGUCCCCACCCCACCCCACCCCAGACUCCCUUCAUCCCAGCCUCCAACCCCUAUCCUUUCAUACUUAGCCUCACCUGAGCUGCUCCUGCAGUUUCCAUAGACACCCAUCUAUGCCCAGACUCCUGCCACCCAGGACACCGCCCAACCCCCCCAUGUCCACCGACUACUGCCUACCUGACCUCCAAGGAGUGGCCGGAGCCCCAGCCCUGGCCCAGGCUACCCCAUAACCUCCCCUCACUGAGUCCCAGCGCACACCAACCACAUUGCUCACCUUGCCAUCGACUGCCCGUGGCUUACUCUUGUCCUACCGUGGCCGCCCUUUUCACCUUUGGACCUCCCAUCUGUCUAGCUGGGAAGGCCGGAGAGGUCCGAGAGGGGGCGGUGGGUGCUGUGCACCUACAAAGAGGCACAGAGAAGACGUGGCAGAGGCAGGUGUGCAGCCUUCUCAGACGCUUUUCCGGUUAGAGGGGACAACCCUACCAAGGAGACCUUCUGGUCCCAGCUUAAGUUUACAGAGGGGCAUUUGGUUUCUUUAUCCUCGGAGCCUGCCAGAGUUACCAGAAGCAGCAAUAACGUCAGGAGAGGCUCCAAGAUUUUUAAACAGUUAAGUUUGAUUAGCAGCCAAGGCAGUGGGGACAAGCAGAUUUUGUCAUAGGUUCAGGCACCGGGAACAACUCCUGUUGGCCUAGCUGAGAUCUGAUGGAAGCCCAAGCCCUCCUGAGUCACUUCCUCUCUGCUCUACUCCUUCUGGCUGACUUUGGGGUUACCUCCUUAAGGUAUGUCUGUGCCCAGGUGCCAUUAGCAAGGCCUUCCCUGGCCUCCCCACUGAAAACCCCACCUUCCUGUGCUCCUUUCCCUUCCACUCUGUGCAUUUUUAUGGCACUUACCACCACCUACUGCUUUACUUAUGGACAAAUUUAAUUCCAUUACUGAAAUUCCCACCUAUAGAAUAAGGUCAGGGCUUUAAAAAUGAAAAACAAAUUUUUUUGGUGUGUUUUGUUUGCUGCUGUGCCCCUGGUGCCUACCACAUCAAAGAUGCUUAAUUCAUAAAAAAAAGGAAAUGUCACAGCCUUAAGGCAAUAUUGAGAAAACCCACUUAGUUUAUAGAUGAGGAAGUGAAGGUCCAGAAAGAUGGAGGGACUUUCUUGAAGUCACAAACUCCAGGUCAGCUCAGGACUCAUGUUUAUUGACCCUGGUGGCCUUGUUGAGCUAGGAGCUACUUCGCAUGAGCAGGAGAGCCAGCCUCUGUGGGAACAUAACGCCUGCACGUCUUUGGCCAUGCCCAGGGCCCAGACCCAUCACCCUCUCCAUCGAACUCCUAGGUCUUGGUGAAAGUGGGAACAGUGUUAAAAACUUUACUGGGUUGGUGUGUGUGAAGCUGCCUUUGGAAUGACCAGAGUAUGAUGUUGCAGGAUGUGGCUUUAGACCCGGGGAAUUAAACACCCAAGGGCUGAAACACUAGAGGUGAGAUUUCCAGCAUCUUACUUUCAUGGGAGGGACUGGAGAUGGAGCUACAGGCUAAAGUACUGCAAGGGAGAACCAUGAAAUUGGUUUGCUUUCUCACUAAGGACAAAAAGGCAGUGUUCUCGAAUAUAUUAGAUUCACACCUAGAUGAGCUAACUUUCAUAGAUGAGCUAACUUUCUGGUGCCUUGUCAGCAAGUUUCAUGGAUAAUCCUUAGUGCUAAGGAAAAUAAAAUUGUUCCCAAACUACGAAA